AUGGCGCUCGCGCCCAAGGCCGAAUCGCAGCGCAUCUUCGAGAAGCUGAAGCGGAAAGAGGCCAACAAGAUCUGCUUCGACUGCGGCGCCAAGAACCCGACAUGGUCGUCUGUCCCCUUUGGCAUAUAUCUGUGUCUGGAUUGCUCGGCGAACCACCGUAAUCUGGGUGUCCAUAUCUCCUUUGUUCGCUCCACCAACCUCGAUCAAUGGCAAUGGGACCAGCUCCGACGGAUGAAGGUGGGAGGCAAUGAGAGCGCAACGAAGUACUUCCAGUCACAUGGUGGAUCUGCUGCACUCGCCAGCAAGGACCCAAAGCAGAAGUAUACAAGUAAUGCCGCCAACAAGUACAAGGAUGAGCUGGCGAAGAGGGUAGAGGCGGACAGCAAGAAAUACCCAGAAGAAAUCAACGUGGACGACUUCGCAGAUUCAGGAGAAGGCACGGGCACAAACACACCAGCUGGUGAGCCAGCCGACGACUUCUUCUCGUCAUGGGACAAGCCAUCCAUCAAACGACCUAGCAAUCCACCCUCACGAACCGGUACACCCGCCAACGCUACCCGAACUGCUUCACCAUUUCUCACCGCCAACGGCAACGGCGCGGCAGGUCGACCAAAGUCCCCCUUGAUCUCCACCGACGACAGUACAGCCGCACCCGCUCCUGCUGCAAACCGCACAAUCUCCUCCUCCGCCAUCCGAAAACAAGGUAUUGCGAACAAGCCGAAAGCCAAUAUCCUAGGUGCCAAGAAGAAGGGUCUGGGAGCAAAGAAAGUGGAUGCUAGUGCACUAGAUUUCGACGAGGCAGAGAAGAAAGCGCGGGAAGAGGCUGAGAGGAAAGAGAGACUAGGCUAUGAUCCGGACGAGGGCAGCACGCCUUCAGAAGCUCAGAUCGCCGCAGCACAACCAGAUACUACAGCCACCACAAUACACCAACCAACACCCGUCAGUCCUGGUCGAGCAGGCAAUUUUGGCAACACUGCCGCUCAGAAAACAGAUAGUGAGGUCGAGCGGCUAGGCAUGGGUGUACGAAGACUUGGCUUUGGACAAGUCGGUGGUGGUGCGCCCGGUAAAGCAGCAGCACCCAAAGCAAUGGGCUUUGGUUCUACUGGCAAAGCACCUGUAGUUGACGACUCCGAAAAAUUCGCCCGUCAAAAAUUCGGCACGCAAAAAGGCAUUUCCUCGGACGAAUUCUUCGGCCGCGGCACCUUCGACAACAACGCCCAAGCCGAAGCCAAAAGCCGUCUCCAAGGCUUCGAAGGCGCGCAGUCCAUCUCUUCGAAUGCUUACUUUGGUCGUCCCGAGGAUGAAGGAGGGGUGGAUGGCGAGUAUGGGGAUUUGGAGACGGCGGCGAAGGACUUCGUGCGCAAGUUUGGGAUUACGGCGGGGGAUGAUAUUGAGAAUUUGACUGGGUUAUUGGGAGAGGGGGCGGUGAAGUUACAGGGGGCUAUUAGGGAUUAUAUGAGGAGUUGA